AUGAAGAUCCCAUGGCCGCAACUCUUUGAGGAUGGGGAUGUUCGGACCUUCCUGGAGGACUUUGAGGAAGUUGCGGAGGCUGCCGGGCUGGAGACCGAUCGGGGUAAGUUGGCAGCGCUGAAGACCCUCCUCAGGGGCCGGGCGAAGGCGGCCCUGGAUGCGGCCAGAAGAGGCUCUCGGAAGAUGGACUGGGCCGCCGCGAAGGAAGUCCUUGCAGCGGAGUUCGACGCGCCGGCCGACCACCAGGAGGCUAUGAGGCGGUUCAAGACGGCCAGGAUGGCACCCAGACCGGUCCCGACCGUAUUCUUCGCCGGCCUGCAGCAGUUGUUGGAUCGCGCUUUGCCGACGCUGAACGGAGUGUCGCGACACCAGUUGCUGUCGGAUCAGCAAAAUGUCUGCCUAGGAGCCAGGACAGUCACCCGCUGUGAUUUGUCGGAUGCUGUAGAAUUCGGUGCAGAUGCAGUGGACAUAAGUGAUGCAUUCGCGUCGCGCUUAGAAUUCCUGUCCACGGAGUGUUCCGAUGUAGCGGAUGUCCUUGACGAUGGGCAGGGUGCAACUGAUGCUAUUGAGGGUUCCCAGCGAAGAUCACCCGGCAACUUGUCAUCUGAUCGUGUCCGAGUCACGGGAAUGGUCCAAAGCACCUCUGAUAAAUUAUUCCACUUUGUACUCAUCACAUCGCCAGAGAACGGCAGCACUUCUGUCGAGGCAUUCAAAACAAAACCAUCCGUAGACUGA